AAAUUUUGUCUGAUUAUUUCAAGUUUUUCCUGUAUUAAAUACGAGUUCCUUCAGUAAAAAACUUCUAGAUUUCAAAAUAAAUACCGGUUUUCAUUUUGAACUUUGAACCUUGAACUCAAAAACAACCCUGUCAGCUGGGAAACGGCUACAGGGGGUAUUUUGGUGCUAGUUUCGUUUCGGUACCCGCAGAGCCACUGACAUAAUUUGCAAUAUAAUCGUUCUAAAAUUGUUAUCUGUGCUCAAAAUGAUUAUGAAAUCAGUGACCUUUGCCCUUUGUGUGUUGGCACUUGCGGUGCCGUCGCAUUGCGCCACUAGAAAGGACGAAGAGGCGGCCAGCAAAGCGGCCAAGUUGCCGCCGUGUGAAGCGUGCAGAAUUUACGUGACGGCCUUUCGUAAAAGAUUGGACGGGACGGCCAGAGGAGCCGACGGCAACCUCGACCUGACGGAGGUGCAUCGCAGGACCUGCGAUGGUAUCGGACGCGGCGAGCACCAGUGCAAGGCCAACGCCCUGAAGAACAAGCCGCUCGUGGACGAUUGGUGGUCCUCGGACAGACAGCUCGAUCUCACAGACUGGUUGUGCCAAGAAAAACUGCAGGUUUGCUGUCCCAAAGGUCAUUAUGGCCCUGACUGCACGCCUUGUCCUGAGCACCCCGGCGGCAUCUGCAAUGGAAACGGAAAAUGCAAAGGUGACGGAACUCGCUCCGGAGACGGGUCCUGUGCUUGUGACCGUGGCUACAAAGGAAGUGUGUGUGACUCGUGCAUCGACGGAUAUUACGAAUCGUUCCGAGAUGAUAAAAAUCUUAUCUGCUCACCCUGCUUUAUCGCCUGCAAGGACAAGUGCACCGGACCUGGACCGAAAGGUUGUUUGGAUUGCAAGGAUGGCUGGGACCCUUCGGAGGAACUCGGCUGCCACGACAUCAACGAGUGCGCCGAGUUCACCGGUGCUUGCAGGAAAAGCCAGUUUUGCAUCAACACCGAGGGCGCCUAUUCUUGUCUCGACUGCGACCGUGCUUGUGAAAGCUGCAACGGUGAUGGUCCAGACAUGUGCGACAAAUGCGCCGAGGGUUUUGUGGACAGCCAGGGCGUGUGCGUCGAGGCGCGCCAACAGGAGCAAUCGCAGCAAGCAGCAUUCACACGUUAUGUCACCUACGCCGGUCUGUGCGUCGCCACUUUCAUCAUUUUCAACAAAAACACGUGGAUUGCAAUGAUAGUCGGACUGGCCGUGUCUCUUUACAUCACCAUUGCAGAAAGCAUGUACGGCGAAACCAACUGGGACUUGGGCGCGUUUGCCAGAAUGCUCAAGCUGACCGAGUGAAUUGUGCGGAGAUGACUUGGAAAGUGAGAAAUAGACUUUUUUCUGAUGAUAAGGUUAGCUCUCAUAAUAAUGCAAAUUAGCGCGCUUGAAUAUCAUUAUAUUACUAGAGUGGAUAAUUAUAGAAAUUUUGGCAUUUUUGAUCAUUUUACUGCAACAUGUCAGUCCUGAAAAAUGAAAUCUUUUUUUCACCCUAGACUAUUUAUGGUUCAAAAUUAGAGUAACAAUUUGAAUUUUUAUAUUUCGGUUUCGAUUUCUUGAAAUCAUUAUUGAACUAAAAUUAGAUUAAUGAUACAAAUAUGUAAUACUUUUAUUCCACACAAAAAAUGAGUGCAUUUAACUUUAUUUUUUAAUUUUUUGCUUGAUUGCGUAUGUGCAAACAAUGCAAAGAUUUCAAACCUUAAAGUCAUAAAAUUUUAAAUUGUGUGUCCAUUUUAGAGAGUAUUUAUCUAGUCAGGCAUAGUAUUGAUAAAACUAGUCAAUUUUUGAAUAUUAACUAUCAAAAAUAAAGAGGCAUCUUGCUUCACAUUUGGCGAUUUUUAAAAUACUUUUUCUUCUCUCUCUCUCAGCAUAUUCCCACCAAGAAAAUUCAUUCUUAUUCUGAA